AUGGGACAUGGUGGAAGUGAUGGCGUCCAUGGAUACAUGUAUUCCCUUGAUGCUGCAGACAAUGACUUGAAAAUUGUUUUUUUGUAUAAAAAUCAUGGGAUCUGUGACAAAAAUCCUUCCGUUGUUGUGCAUAGACCAAUUACAAGAAAGAUUGCUACUCAAAUUUCUAACCAAAACCAACCUUGUCAAGUGGAAACUAAGAAGCCAGUACAGAUUUCAUCAUCGAUUAUGAUUGAAAAAGUAUCAAAUAAGGUCAUUAUAGAUGUAGAUAAAUAUAGAGCAGAUAGUUCCUUCUCCGAUCCAAUGUUUGUGAAGCACACUGAAGAAAUUCUUGAUGAAGUCGAAAUCUUCGAGAAUAUUGAUUUAAUGGAAGAGGAAGUUGAGAUGGAGGAUAUUGUUGAAGAACUCAUUCUGGAUAUUGAUAGUUGCGACUCAAAGAACACACUUGCAGUUUUAGAUUAUAUCGAUGAUAUAUAUGCUCACUACAAGAAAACUGAGAAUUCUAGCUGUGUAUCUCCCAACUAUAUGGUUCAGCAAUCCGACAUCAAUGAGAAGAUGAGGGUCAUCCUAGUUGAUUGGUUAAUCGAGGUGCAUUAUAAAUUUGAGCUCAUGGAUGAGACAUUAUUCCUUAUGGUUAACAUUAUAGACAGAUUCUUAGCCCACCAAACUGUGGAACGAAAGAAACUUCAGUUGGUCGGAAUUACAGCCAUGCUUUUAGCAUGCAAGUAUGAGGAAGUUUCAGUACCGGUUGUAGAUGAUCUUAUUCUAAUUUCUGACAAGGCUUAUACAAGGAAGCAAGUUCUUGCUAUGGUAAAUAAAUCGAUAGUAAAUACAUUGCAAUUCAAUAUGUCAGUUCCAACUUCAUAUGUAUUUAUGAAAAGAUUCCUUAAAGCGGCUCAGUAUGAUAAGAAGCUUGAGAUUCUCUCUUUUUUCUUGAUCGAGCUAUCCUUGGUUGAUCAUGACAUGCUUAGGUUACCACCAUCUCUGUUAGCUGCUGCAGCCAUCUACACUGCUCAGUUUACUCUUAACAUGACUAGACAUUGGAGUAAGACCACAGAGUGGCAUUCAUAUUACUCAGAAGAUCAAUUACACAACCUACUGACUGGGGUGUUGAAGCAGACGGCGGGGGGAAUUGAUAAUGGGUCUUUCUGUUCUCCGCCUGGUGGUGGGAGAGAUGGUUCUAGUGGUGGUCAUUCUGGAUAUGAUUUGGGAAAUAGGUCUUCGUCUAAAAGUUCUAUAUCAGAAUCUAUUGAUUCUUCAGGGAAAGUAGGAAGUAGUAAAUCCAAGUUUAACUUUGACACAGUUGAAGAUUUGAGAUAG